ACGGCUACCAAAGCUCCCAUCGCUACCGAGCUCCUUGAGAUUCUUUUCGAUGCUAAGCCAUGCCCUUCAUCGAACACGCAUUCACAAAGUUUCAUCAGGAGACUUUGUCCGAUUUCAACUAAUUCCUAUCGGGAUGGACUGCUGCCCAAGCUGGUUUAAGACAAAAGAGUUUCCACCAGAAGACGAGGUCCAAAAAGGGAGGUACAUUUACGAGCCUGUCCCAGUGGAUAACGUUGAACUCGCCAAUAUUCCAUUACCGCACUUGCUCAAGCCCGGACCUCACACUGACAAGUUCCGGAUAACUAUGUUUCCCAAGAAGAUUCGUGAUCAAUUAGUUCGACAGCCAGGGCACAGUGGGCAGCGUGUCAUUGGAUGGGCAUUCGUGUCAAUGAGAGUCUCAACUGGACCGUCCUUCUAUUGUUGAUACUCAUCACACUCCUUGCAAUCAAUAUCAUUGUCAUUUGUCUACGCGGUGAUCACGGCGGAUGACUCUUCCACAUUCGGCCUGGGGGCUUUCAUGGCCGCGUUAUUUACAGUUUAUAUCACCUAUCAGUAUUUUGCGUGGAAAGAGAACUUAUAGCUUGGUAGUUAGCAUACUUCUCCUUGAAAUGGACGUAUAAGCA